GCACUGACAAGUCAACAAAUUCCUUGUAAAGCCUUUAAACUCGCAACAGCGUCUUUUCCGCUGAGAGAAAUUUCGCAGGAAACGCAGAGUAGAAAUUUCGUAAAAAUUUGUGAUAUCCAAAGCCCAUUUUGAAUUUAACUUUCGUUGUGUGAUCGAAGAAGAGGAAAUUACAACUAAUUAUCGUGUUGCAUGGGCGUUGUUAAUUGGGCCGCCGGCCUUAUUUUGCUGGCGGCGGCGUUAUCGGCGGCGGAUUAACUUCUGGCAAAAGAAUGUGAAUGUUUCUGUUUCCUAGAAAACGUCUCCAACGUGGUCGACGAGUCGUGGUCAAAACGAAAGCAACGUCAUCGUAAGAGAGAGAACAAAUCGGCGAAAAAGCCUUAUAAACAAAACACAAUUUCGUGGGUGUCUCGCAUCGUGUGAGAACGAAAAGCUGGCGAUACAAAUAAUAAACUAAAUUAAUUAAACUAAGUAACUGCGAGCGAGCAAGUAGAACAACCGAAACUAAAACAGAAUGAGUGCCAACCGAAGAAGACGCACUGCAUCAGCUGCGAGUGCAAUUGCAGCAGCAACAGCAGCAGCAGAAGCGAUAUCAACUGCACCCUCCAAAGAGCAACUUUCUCCACCGAUUGCUGGUGGCAGUGGUUCAGCUGAUGAGGAUUUACUGGAAAUGCCUCGCAUUUGCCGAUGCUGUUGCAAACGGGAUUUGAAAUUACUCGGCUUAUUCGAGGCCAGCCAACCAACACUGGCCAACACAACAGUGGCAUCGAACAAAUCAUCGGGAACAUUAGCAAAAACAUGUGCGACAGAAGCAGAAACCGAAACUCCACAGACAUUGUCCGCAAAUCCAGUAAAUCCCGGGACUAAAGCUACAUCAUCUCCAUCAGAAGCAGCUACAACGUUGUCCGCAUCCACACACCGCGCGUCCGCCUCCUUCUCAUCCACCUCCUCCUCGUCCACAUCCACGUCUCCCAUGAGGCGUCGCACCACUAACACCACCGCUCCAUCCGCUCCGCCCGCUCCACGUGGUCGUAGCAGCGAUAAUGCCGUCGACUACACCCUCAGCGGGGCCCACAGCAGCAUGGACAUUGUCCUCGAGGAGAUGACCAUUUGGAUGCUCAAUAUAAAUCGCGACGAUGGACUGCCGCAAGAAAUCUGCCGGCAGUGCAUGGCCCAGUUUUUGAUGGUGGCCAAGUUCCGGCGGAAAUGUGUACGGAUGCAGCAGCGCCUGCAGGACUUUGCCCAGGAGAUAUCCGACCGCCAGACGGCCAGACAAGCGAAGCGUCAGCAAAAAGUCCAAAAGAAGACACACGAUAGCUGGCUGCAGUUGGAGCCAACCAGCCACGAGGAGCAGCAGCCCAUACGUAAGCGCCGCAUGGUAUCCGAAUCGGACGGAGAUUCGACAGCAGCAGCAACAGCAACAACUCCAGCCAAACAGGUGCGAACGGAGUUCGAGAAUUUGCCACCGCCCAAAACAAGUCCUCAGCAGCACCGAGUGCGCAAGUAUCGAACCCUCUCCAUUGGCUGUGAAAUGGAGCGUCCCGCCGCGUCCAUCAAUGCCAGCAGCAUGCCCUGGAAGACGAAGGCUGCUCGCAAGCAACUUUCGGAGAGUCGGGCGUCCAGUUGCUCGACGGCGGUCAUGUCGCCCAAUCGCCAACGCAGCAGCACCAGCAGCAGUGAACACAUGAGCGACUUGUCCGUCGGUCCAUGCUGUGGCUUCGAAAGCGACAGCAGUCCGUCCUCUACCUCCAACUCGGCGCGGAGAUCGGUGAUACUCGUUAAGCAGCAGUCGCCGGAGAAGACAUCGCCCAUGUAUGAUUUAAUGCCGCGCAGGGGACGGCGGCCCAGGAAAGCCCCGAUAUACAUGUCGGCCAAAAGACAGAGGCGAUCGCUGGUUAGGAAGGAGCCGCUGAACCGAAAGGCGGCCGCGCAGCCAGUCAACGAAGAGAACAAAAAGUCUGAUCAAAAGGAUAUAUAUCCGAAGGAACCAAGGAAGGAAGGCCUUGCACCGUCCUGUGAUGAGGCCAUCGACAGCACUUCCGAUGCGCCAAUGGAAGUAGCCUCAAAUGUGGUCAAAAAGAAAUGCGAUGAAAUCAGUUUAAAUGAUUUGAUGCUGUGUAAAAUGCAAAAGGACAUCACAUCAAAUGGUUUGAUAGACAGUCGCGACCAGUUAGGCGCCAUGGAAAUGGAGCCGGUUAACGAAAUUAUAGCGUCCAAUGGUGUAGUGAAGGAACUACCCCAAGCUGAGAUGCACGUCCUCAGCGCUCAAAAUUAUGAGGAAACAUCAUCCGGAAAGCAAACAUUAGAAGCCACCAGCGUUAUAAAAGAAUCGAUUCAAUCAGAACCAACUGCUGUUAGAACGGAAAUCGAGUCAAUUGGGAAUGACAUAAGGGCUGGUUCUGAUCUAGUGCAGUCCGAGGAACUGACCUCAUCCACAGAAACCAGCGAGUCGCAAAGGAAAGCUGUUAAGCAGUUGAAAACUAUGGGACAGCAGGAAUCUUGUGCGUUACUACAAACCAUGAAGGAUGGGGCAUCCGUCCAGCAAACGGAAACUGCGGACGAAUCAGACUCUGCUGACCAGAGGGAGAUCAUAGUGAGCAUACCGCUGGAAGUUCUGGAUGAGAAUCUGCAGCGUCGCCUUUGCGUGGAUCCGGAAACUGAGGCGGCCAAUCGCCAGUCCGCUGAUCCCAAGGAGUUCCCCCUGCGCCCCGAUGACGUGAACAACAACGAAAACGAUGAAAAUUUUUGCCAGGGUGCUACAGCAGAUAGCUUCAAUUCUGCUGUGGCACUCCGAACCAAUAAAAUUGAAGCAACACCGCCUGGGGGAACGGAAUCAGAUGACACGGACACGGAAGAGGUGCCGAUAGUGCGAUCUGGGCCAACGCCCAUGGAUUUCAUGGCCGAGUUCGCCAAGCACUGUGCUAACGGAAUUGAACAGCUCAAGGUCACUACACCGGCGCCAUCACCGACUCCCUCGGAUUUGGUGCCCCUCAACGAUCUGGAGGCCAAGCAGAAGCUGGAGGUAGAGAUGAACGACGUGGAGACCACACUCAAUGGCAUCCUCAACGAGAUGCAGGACCAGCACAUGUACACACCAAACUGUGCCCACAUUGAUGAGUUCCUCACUCCAGCCGAUUAUGCCACACUGACUGAGCAGGAGUCGCCCGUUUCGUCGCCACCGAAUCCUUUCGAGCAGAGUUCUGUUGCCGAACCGAAGGACGAGAAGCCCAAUGCCACUGAGGAUCCCUUUGAUAAUAGCAACUUUACCAAUGAACUGAUUGGUUUCCAAAACGAUAUUCCCUGCUUCGAGAACAUUGAGACACCGGAGCAGGGACAAAACUUGCAUUUAGAACUGACCCAGUUCUUAAGGGAUCUGCAGCCGGCACAAUCCGAUCCGCCGGCAGAGGAGCAGGUAGAAAAAGUCGAAAUGCAGACACAGCCAAACACCGUCCAAAUGGAUGACCAAUCAAACCUACCAUUGCAAGCUGAUACACAGCCUCAAAAUGAGUCCGCAAAUCAUUCACCAUUUGAAUCUCCCAUAUCAUCACCUCAAGUUCAGUCUCAGAUCGAAAUACAAAUGGAACCUCAAAUCGAGACUCAGAUGCAACCUCAAAUCGAGACUCGAAUGCAACACGAUGUGCUAAGCGUGCAAUCUCCACAAAACCAUCAGCCUCAAGUACAAUCUCAUGACCAAUCUCAGAUGCAACACCAAAUCCCACCGCAAAUUGAGCCUCAAAUUCAAGUCCAAAACCAGGAGCAACAUACUUUACAGCUCGUGCCGCAAGCACAGCAACAAGUGGUUCCACAAGUACAACUGCAGUCCCAGUUGGUGCCUCAUGUCCAGUCACAGGGCACGACGACGACAGUCACCUACGAACAGAUUUACCAGCAGCACAUUGUCCAGCAGACGGUGCAGCAAUCCUCCAACAAGAUGCAGGUCAUCUCGCUGCCCUCGGCUGGCUCGGAAACAACACGACAGUGGCAGACGCAGCAGUCGCAGCAACAGCAGCAAGUCCAGUGGUCAUCGGUGGGCGGACUUGAGGCCAUCAAGAGUGCACCCGUCGAGAGUGUUGCACCCACGACCACAACGUACUACAUCAGUGCGAGCGAUCUUUAUCCGCAGCAGACUGAAACAUAUACGAUGCUUCAACCAGCCUCCAAUGAAAGCUACGUGAUCGAGCAGGUGAAUCACCAACAGCAACAUUGCCAGCAACAGAUUCAAAUGUCGCAACAGCAACAGCAACAGCAACGCCAGCAUCAGCAACAGCAAGCGCAGCAGGCGCAACAGCAGCAGCAACCGAUUAUGAUACUGAUCCAGCAGCCGGAGCAGCCAGUGGCCUCGGCCAGCAAUCCGCAGCAGGCACCGCUGCACAUCUAUAAUGCUGCCACCAGCAACGAUGUCCGUCAAAUGCAGCACACACAACGCCAACAGAUACGGCAGCAGUAUCACCACCAGCAGUAUCAGCGGCUGCAACAGCCGCAACAAACUCGCGUCGUACAAAGCCAUCCAGUAUUGGGAAUGCCGGGAGCCACUUCCAUAUCAACGAAAGUGACCCCCAUUCCCGUCACAGCGGCCAGGGGUCGGGCGCUCACGCUGAAGUGCCGCUUCUGCCAUAACGGGCCGCGAUUCUCCAGCAGCCUGGAGUACAGCCGUCAUAUCAUAGAUCUGCAUCCGGCGGUGGCGCCCUUCAAUUGUCCGCACUGUCCGCAGGCCUUUGCCGGCAGAACGAAGCGAUCGCAGCACAUCCUCAGCCACCAUGUGGUGCAGCAGUACCAGUGCGGUCAGUGCUCACAGGUGUUUCCCGCCCAAAAGGCACUGGACGUUCACAUCCAGCGCAUUCACAUGACCCUGAAAACGGAUCCAUCGGGUACUGUGAAGGUGGAGGACGUUCAGCUGCAGAUCACCAGCGAACGCAGGCCACGGGGUAGGCCGUAUAAGCCAAGGCUACAGCUUCAACAGCAUCAACUGCAGCCGCAGCAGAAGUUGCAAGUGCAGCAGCAGCAAAAGGCACUUCAGCAACUACCCCAAGCACAACACCACCAACAGCAACAGCAACCUCAACUGCAACAAGAAGUGCUACAGCAGGUGCAGCAACUGCAAGUGCAACCGCAGCAACAAGUGCCGCAGCAACACCAGCAACAGCAGCAACAUGUAUUGCAAGUGCAGCAACCACAGCAACAACCGUUAAUGCAGCCACAGUCGCCGCAUCCAUCAACAGUGGAAAUGCAAGCAAGCCCAACAACGCCACGAAAGAUUCUUUGCUGUCCCGAUUGCGAAGACUGCACUUCCGGUCACAGCCAUGCCAACGAACAGUUCGAGGAGCUGCAGACACUGCAGGCUCCGCCAACGGUGUUGACUCCGCCAUCGACCAUAGUCUCGGUACCAUCGCCACAGCCCAUGGUGUACUCGCAGCACAUAACAAUGCCGUCGCCGGAACAAUCCGAGCCAGAUUCCACGACCACGUUGCGACAGUAUCGCAAGCGAGGCGUGAUCGUUGGGCCACAGGGUCCGCUGCAUUUGGCCACACCGGUGGCCUCGCCAUCGCCCUCGUCGUCACCCUCCUCAUCGACGGUGGAUCACAUACCGCCGGCAUCUCCGGCUCCGCCCGCAUCACCAGCUCUGCCUCCGUCGCCCGCCGUCGCGUCCACGGUGCAGGUGAGCGAGCUGCGGACGAGCCACCAUUGUCUGUACUGCGAGGAGCGAUUCACCAACGAAAUUUCCCUGAAGAAGCACCAUCAGUUGGCGCACGGAGCGCUGACAACAAUGCCAUUUGUGUGCACAAUCUGCAAGCGAGGGUAUCGCAUGCGUACGGCGCUGCAUCGGCACAUGGAGUCGCACGAUGUGGAGGGACGGCCGUACGAGUGCAACAUUUGUCGCGUCCGGUUCCCGCGACCAUCGCAACUGACGCUGCACAAGAUCACGGUGCACCUGCUCUCCAAGCCGCACACCUGCGACGAGUGUGGCAAACAGUUUGGCACGGAGAGCGCCCUCAAGACGCACAUUAAGUUCCACGGAGAGCUCGGUUACCAGUGCGACGGGUGCGAUCGGAGGUUCGAGUAUCUGAAAGAAUUGCGCAAACAUCGACGCACCCACAGCGAGAUGUUUUACAAAUGCAAAUUCUGUCCAAGCUCCUUUAUGCGUUUCACGAAUUUUCGGGCUCACAUGAAAACCCAUUUGCCGCUGGGCGUAUUCCGCAACGAGGAUGCCGCAUCGAAGUCACCCAGCAACAAUAAUAGCCACGCCAGCAGUGACAAGCUGGAGAAUCCAGCCACGCCCAUCGAGGAGACACCUUUGACGCCGAUGAGCAGCGGCGGACACGUGUACCACAGCCCAGAUGAAUACCCCAAUUCGGUGGAGAGCUGUGCUGGCAACAGCGUGGCUCUGGAAUCCUAUGCCACAACGCCAUAACCCAAGGGGCCGGAUUAUUAUUUAGUGUACAACGCUAUAGUUAUAAGUAAUCACAAGCAACCUAGCCAAAUAAUAUCGGCGCCUUCCUACACUAUUACCACACUCUGUGGGGAAUAGCUUCCAUUCAUCCCAUUGGAGAGCCAACAAAUAAGUAACUCUUAACUCUAAUUCUAAACAAAAUGAAAAGAAAACAAAAGAACCAGCAGACUGCAUUGAAUGCAAUCCCAUAUUGCACUAAAAACGUAAAAACACUUAGCGACUAAGCCAAGGAUACACUCCCUCAGACACAAAUCUUAAGGCUACAAAAUAUUAGACCUAAGUUAGUUAGAAUCUAGACAUUCAUGCAAUGAAAACAACUGAAAGAAAUACGCAAAGGUUAACUCUAGGCCUUAGACAUAUAUAUAUACUUAUAGAUACUUAUUACUGAUUUCCGUUCCCAGUUAGAUAUAUAUAUAUUUUUUUGAAGAGCGUUUAAUGAAAAUAAUAGAAAUAAGGACCUAGAUAUAAACAAUGUACCAAGCAACACUAAAACACUUAGUUAUUCACAUUUUGGUGUAGAAUUUAAAUAAACUACUGAGACAUUUGUGAGCAAGGCGCUCAAAUCGA